AUGAUGCUUCCAAAGAGUAUUUCCUUGAUCAUUUCACUUUGCGCCAUCUCGGUAAAUGCCUUUGCACCAUUCCAUGCCGAUGCUUCGCGCUCAUUGAGACUUUUAUCCACCGAAUCAGAUUUCGAAGAGGGUUCGUCAGUCGAGAGACGGAGCUUUCUUUCAUCCGUUGCAGCUGCUGGAUCUCUCCUACUUGCAGAGUCAGCCUCUGCCGAUGAUGGAGAAGAGAGUUUUGCUGACAUUGCAGCCCGUGCCUCUAAGCUUUCUACCACGCAGUCGGAAAUCGCUCCCACAGGCGGCGCAAAGACGAUGGAUGACAAGACUGCAUAUGAUUUUGAACUUCCUUUCAAGGGGGGAAAUGUACCAUUCAAGGAACUCAUCCAGCAAGAGUUCGAUGAAGAAGGGAGAGCAAAGAUUAAGGCUAUUCUUGUGGUCAACAUGAAGGAAGACGAUCCCAUUUCGCGAAACAAUAUUCCUGAGUUUAUUUCAUUGGCAGCAAAAUAUGGCCGAGAUGGAGAAUUUGCUGUUCUCCUAUCUCCCAGUGAUCAGGGCUACUACGAGCCCGACACAUCGCAGCUCAUUCGUCUGAAGCUUGCUUCUGAAUACGGCUAUGGAAUUAACCCAGCAACUGUUUUGACGGACAAAGUCAUUUUUCUUGGAACUGGAUCGACCCCCUUCUGGAGAUGGCUACAAAAGAACUGCCGCACGCCUGCAGGUCUCGGAAGAAUAGAAGCCAACUACGAGAAAUUCCUUCUCGAUGGUAGAACUGGGCUCCCGCUCAGAAGGUACCCACGCUUGUACAAGCCUCUUGAUAUCAAGAACGAUAUCGAAGCUUUAGUCAAUGGACGAGCACUACCACCAGCCGGUGCAAACUAUCUAGAGCAGUGGAGACAAGCUGCAGUGGCUGCACAAGCCGACACAUACCGUUUCCAAAAGGGGCUCAAUUACUAUGAUCAGUAA